GCAUGCUGUAAAAAACAUGGCAGCUCUUCGCUGGGGCAUAUGUAGCGCUGGAAAAGUUUCUCAUGACUUUUUGGUUGGCUUGAAGGCUCUCCCUGAGACCUCACACUCCAUACUAGCUGUUGCAGCACGCUCACUGGAAUCUGCCCAAGCCUUUGCCACUAAACACUCCAUACCACAAGCAUAUGGAUCUUAUGAGGAGCUGGCCAAGGACCCACAACUUGAUGUGAUUUAUAUUGGAACAAUUACUCCAUCUCAUUUGAGCUGUGCAAAGAUGAUGGUAGAGGCUGGUAAGGCUGUCCUUUGUGAGAAACCACUGACAAUGAAUUCUGAGGAAACCAAACAAUUAAUUGCUUUUGCAAGAGAAAAAAAUGUGUUCCUAAUGGAAGCAAUUUGGAUGAGGUUUUUCCCAGCUAUGUUUGAGUUGCGUCGUCUGAUUGCUAGUGGCUCGAUCGGUGACAUCAAUUAUGUGAACGUCUCUUUUGGUUUUCGUUUAAAACCAGAAGCAAGAGGUCUCAUAGAUCCAAAACUAGGAGGAGGUGCAACAUUAUGCAUCGGCGUAUAUGCCAUCAGUUUUACCUCAAUGGUUUUUGGAGGGGAAAAACCAGAAAAGAUACACGCAGAGGGAACCCUCAGUGAUGAAGGAACAGAUAACCUAGCAGCUGUUACCAUUACAUAUCCAGGAGGUCGUAUUGCUCAAUUGUCUUUUAGUAUAAAGGAUACUCUACCUUGUGAAGCUUUUGUUUAUGGUACCAAGGGGCAAUUGAAGGUACCCAAAAGGUUCUGGUGUCCAACAAAACUUGAGACACCUGAAGGUACUAAAGAGUUCCCACUGCCAAAGCCCUACCAGCCAAGUGAGCCAACAAACUUUACCAAUAGUGUGGGCAUGUGCUACGAGGCUGAGGAGAUACGCCGCUGUCUUCAAGAAGGGAAGAAGGAAAGUGACAUAAUGCCAUUGAAUGAGACCCAACUGGUUGCUGAUAUCAUGGAUGAUAUCAUGAAGCAGCUCGGCGUAAUUUAUUUCAAAUAAAAUUUUGAAAGAGUAGUGGUUGCAUUUAAACAAUAAUAAUAAUAACUGUGACUACUUUUUGAAUUUGUCAAAAUAAUUAUCCACAACGGAGUUUUAAAUGUGA